UGCGCGCAUGUGCAGUUCGAAUUUUUUCCAUCCACUCAACGAUCGUUCGUCGGCGGCUUUUUUUGGAUCAAGAUCCAGUCGGAGAUAAUAAUAAUAAAAAAUAUAUACAUAUCUGCAUAUCAUAUAUAUGUACAGCAUCCCUGGCUUUUCGGUGAUAAAAGUGAAAUUUAGUGCGAAAGAAGUUGCCAAAAAGAAAAAUCACAAUCACAUUUUUUGUUUUCGUUUUUGUUCGAGUGACGAGUGAUCAGUUAAAUCAAAUCCCAAGCGAAAUUCAAAGGAAUUUCAGGUAGCCAGCGGGUUUACCUGGAUCUCGCCGGUAAACAAGAUCAAUUAGUCGGCGGCGACGAGGAGAGUUCGACCUUCAAGGAGAAGGACCACAGUGAUAUAUCACUUUUUGCUAUUGUUAUUGUUUUUAUUCAGAAAUGGCUCACCAUCGGCAUUCGAGGCAUCUAGGUCUUCUUACCUUGAUAUUGGCCUCAUGCCUGACCAUAUCCACAACGCAGUCCUUGGAAAGAUCAGGAAGAUCGGCGUUGCCCGCUCAACCAGCAGAUCAUUUGGUGCCGCCACCCUUGCCCGUACCACAGAGACUAUCCCAUGCUAGUGCAGGAACACCAGCGGUUGCACCUUCCGCCCCUGCGCCGCCCAUUCCAGAGCCUGGGUUCAUGACUCGUGUGGCCAGAUGGUUUGGCUUAGGUGGCGGUCAGUCGUCCAAGGAUCAGCAACUGAGUGCCACCAACUCAUUGAGCUAUGCCUAUCCCAAGCCAGUUCCCGGAUUCGACGCAGGUGGCAAGCCCUGCAGUUUGUGCAACAAGUAUCCCUGGGUUCCAAUGGUGGGGCAGCAGCAACCACAGCCAAGUCAAGUUCAUCCUCAACAGCUGAACAACCAGCUGCAGCAUCAUCAUCAGCAUACGCAACAGCUGCAAGUGCAGCAGCAGCAACUGCAGCAUCUCCCGCAACAGCAGCAACUUGUCCCGCAACAACAGCCACUUGUCCCGCAGCAGCAUACAACAUGGCAGCUGCAACAACCGCUGGCUCAAGCUUCGCAGCAACGUCAGCGGGCGGUGCAAUUCCGUCCCAGCCCCGGACAAAGUGUCUUUUUGCCUUUGGCAGUGCCACUGCCUCCGCUGUACAAUGCCCAGCCAUUCCGACCGGUGGUGCAACCGGUGGCCAAGGAGAAUGCGGUGGCUCAGUCGGAGGUGAGACCAGUACCAGUUUCCCUACCGCUGCCAACACCCGCGCCACCUGCCAGCACCUCCAGUUUCGAGAUCGUGCAGAGCCAUCAGGUGACAGAUUUUGUGACCUCCGUUGAAUAUCCAGCUACCUUUGUUCAGUCACAUGCCAUUGAUCUUGGAUCCACCAGCUCCUUGGACAAUCACAGACCCACUCAGGACGUGGGAGCUGUAGAGCAGGAACAGCUGUCAGACAUCAGUACGGUUCGCUAUCAGUUGGAGGAUUUGAGCAGUGGCCAAGUCCAUCAGCAUUUGCCAGCCUCUCAAUUGCUUACGGAAAUUGGACAGUUUGCGGAGACUACGACUCAGCCACCACCAGCGGAUAACUAUCCAGCGGCCUCGUCGCAACAGCAAUUGCAGCAUGAACAAGAGCAGGAACAGGAACAGGAGCAACCCUUCUACUAUGCCGAGCAAUUCCAAGACGAAACCAGCACACUGAUCUAUAGUACCACCACGGAGUUGCCCACUACCACUGUACCACCACCACCUCCCCAUUCACCAGUUAUUGAGCUAAAUAAUCACCUGGCGGCAGUGCAGCGUCCACAUCAUCCAAAUUACCGACAGGGAAUCGGAAGGGGCAGGGAAACGCCCAAAGGUCUGCUGGACUCGCCCAUUAACCAUGCCCCCUUGGCCGGAGCCGGUGGGCGGCCUUUCACCCGUGACCCCGCUGAUCUUAGCUUCCGGCUGAGCCAGGUGUACACGCCCACGCAGCCACCAACGCCAACUUCCACUUAUGGAGCCAUCGAUGCCAGUGGACAGUUUGCUGGAAUGGCACCACCAAGUCCACAACAGGUGAUAAUACCCUACACUACCAAACAGCGACCACGCCCCUUCGAGAGCUGGACGCCUUUAAAACCACAGCACCAGCAGCAUCAGCCACUGCAUAACCAUCAGAAUCACCACAAUCACCAUAGCAAUGACCUUGAAGAGGAGCCUCACGAGCAGCAGGAAUCCAAGUUGGCCACAGCCACGGUCACGGCACCACCGAAUUCGCGACGAACCACAAAAUAUCUAACCAAGAUCUUGGCCUCCAAUCUAAGGGAGUUGCUUAAGCGGGAAAGGGAAACAAAGAAGUUGCCUGGUCAAGGAUUGGGUGUGGAUAUCACUCGGCUGCAGCAAAAAAUCGAUGGAUGGACGGAGCAGGAAUACAACUCGCUGUCGCACCGACCCAGCACGCCAACGAUUCGUGGGAGAUCCAAGCACAUACCCUCUGAAUAUCUGACCACCACGACAACAACUCCUGCACCGAUAUCACAACGCCAAUCGAAAACCACUCGGGGUGAGGGUUUUGAACUGGGUGGUGCUCCACCCACCGAUGCCGGAGAUCUGUCCACUUCUAUCAACAAUCUAGAGCAACUGCAUCUGUUGGGCGAACGGGGAUCGAAGGGUUUCCAGCCCAUUGAUGACAAUCGCCUGCAUUUCGAUUACUACGAUGCCCAGCAUCGACUGAGAUCCACUUCGGCCAUGACCACCCAUAGUCCCACUAGCACUACUACCACUGUGCCACCACCGACGACAACGACAGUGGUGGCACCACUCUAUGUGCGCAGCACUCAGGCGCCCAAGGAGCUGUGGAAACAGGCCCAGGUGGCCAUCCUGCCACAGACCAAUGAGAAGGUGUAUGUGGUCACGCCACAACCACGCCAUCAGGAGCACCAUCCAGCGGAUCGUCAUGAGGCUUCCGCCUCGGCGCCAAGGCCUGUUUACCAAACGCCAGCGCCACGGUUUCCACGGAUGCGGCCUACUCCAGGUAAAAGGGCUGGCGAAGUGAAGUCGGCCACGCCCACCAGUUCGUCGCAGCUGCGCAACUAUACGCCGGAUAUCUUCGGGCUGAUGGGACUUUCCUCCUAUGUGCCCGCCGAGCCCGUGGAGAUAAUCGACGGAAAUUCCAAAGUCAUCACGAUUGUGACAGCGGCACCGACGGCGGCUGCACUUCAGCGAUCCACGGCGAGGUCCACAAUUUCACCGUCGCCCAGAUAGAGGUCGGAGGUUAAGGUCAAGGCCGAAGAGGUCUAGCACCCCCAUCCCAUCCUGUUGUAAUAUAUUUCCCAGCCCAAGCUGCCCCUCCAGGCCACUCCGAUCGCCAGAAGGACCGAGGAUUCAACGUAGAUAUAGGAGAGCAAUGUCUUUGGAAGUGCUACGAUAAGAGAGAGAGAGAUCCGAACCCGAAUCAAAGUUAGAGUAUUUUCGCAUUUGGUAGCUUUAUAAUCACAUAGACGAGGACCAUGGAGUAUCCAAGGACAGAGAACCAAAGGAGUGGAGCUAACCCUAGUAUAUAUAUAUUUGCAAAAGGAUUUCUAAUCACAAUUCUUUUGUAGUGUUUUUUUUUUAAUAGUAAACUCUGUGUUUGUUUUUUUGUUCUGGCUCUCUCCCUUUGUUAGUUGUAGUUCUAUGUAUAAAUAAUCUAUUAUAUCUAUUUCAAUCUAUCUGAAGCGUUGGUUGUCAGGCUGUUGACAACGUUUAUAAUCGAUGUGCAACCAAAAUUUAGCAAAAAUUAACAUAAACGAACGAUCAAAUAAAAUAAUAAAAAUCAAA